AUGGUUAGAAACCUUGGUUUUGCGCUUUUGAGCGCUUCCACCGUGCUUGCCAGCAACCACCUCGCCCCUCGGAACGAGAGCGUGAGCCCUUAUUUUGGCGCAAUCAAAGAAUAUCUUGAUACCCUUAAAGAGGAUGUAUGGCCAAUUAAUCAGGAAAUUCACGAUAACCCCGAAUUGGGAUACGAAGAAGUACGAGCCCAUGAGCUUUUGACAACCUUUAUGGAGUCCCAGGAUGGUUGGGAGGUUACGAGAUCAGUCAAGAAUAUCAGCACCGCAUUCACUGCUGUCUUUACUGGCAAUGGCGAUGGACCAAUCAUUGGUUUCAAUUCGGAAUAUGGUAUGCACCUAUUGUGUACCUCUUUCAAGAAAGCUAGUGCUGAUCAGACAACGAUAGAUGCUCUCCCUGGACUGGGCCACGGAUGUGGCCAUAACCUAAUCGCUUCGGUUGGCAUCAGCGCCGCCCUUGCCACCGCAGAAAUCAUGCGACAGGAAAGUCUUCCUGGAAAGGUUGUUCUUUUUGGAACUCCAGCCGAGGAGAGUCUUGGAGGAAAAAUUAAGAUGCUCGAAGCUGGUGUCUUCUCGGAUCAAAAGAUCGAUAUGAGUCUCAUGGCUCACCCUUCCACGGGCAAUGCUCCUUAUGCAAACACAUUUGCUACUGAUCGCUUUGAAGUUGAGUACUAUGGGAAAGAGGCACAUGCUUCCGCUUCACCAUGGGAGGGCAUCAAUGCCGAGGAUGCCCUUGUCCUGGCCUACAAUGCCUUGAGCAUGCUUCGGCAGCAAACAACAAAGACUGAUCAGAUUCACGGGAUCAUCACAUCUGCUGGAUCGCGAAUUAACGUCAUCCCGUCGCUCUCACAGGCUAGUUUUCAAAUCCGGAGUAAAGACUCUUCAACCCUUGAGAAGUGGACAGAUCGGGUUAUGCAAUGUUUCGAAGCCGGAUCUAUCGGGACUGGAGCCGAGCUGAAUGUUACGAUCAGGCCUUACGGGUACGCCAACAUGAUUACCAACGACAUUCUUGCCGAGUCAUAUGCCAAGUGGUUUACUGGCCUUGGAGGAGAACUUCCAGACCUCGCCCUCGCCAAGAUUGCGGAUCCCGGUGGAAGCACGGAUCAGGGAGAUAUCAGCCACGAAUUCCCAAGCAUCCAUCCGAUGUUUGCCAUCACAACUGCCAACGGAUCAGUUCCUGAUGGGGGAACACACACGGCUGCAUUUGAGGUCGCAGCUGGGAGCAGGGCUGCGUUUGAGCUUGCUAUCCGGGCUGCCAACGGUCUUGCUGGUGUAGCAGUUGAUGUUUUGACUACAGAUGGAAUGUUGGAUGAAAUCAAGGAGGCUUUUGAAGGCAAAGAACGCAGACGAAGGAAACGAUCACUUGGGCAGUAG